UUUGCAGCUGUGCUAAUGGUUUUUUCCCUGAUAUCUGUCACCUAUGGGGCUACCCUCUGCAAUAUGUUGGCUAUCCAGAUCAAGUAUGAUGACUACAAGAUUAGACUUGGGCCACUGGAAGUUCUUUGUAUCACCAUCUGGAGGACAUUGGAGAUCACUUCCCGCCUCGUGAUUCUGGUGCUCUUCUCGGCCACCUUGAAGUUGAAGGCUGUGCCCUUCUUAGUGCUCAACUUCCUGAUCAUCCUCUUUGAGCCCUGGGUUAAGUUCUGGAGGAGUGGUGCCCAAAUGCCAAACAAUAUUGAGAAAAAUUUCAGCCGAGUCGGCACUCUGGUGGUACUUAUUUCUGUCACCAUCCUCUAUGCUGGCAUCAACUUCUCUUGCUGGUCAGCCAUGCAGUUGAAGUUGGCAGACAGAGACCUUGUUGACAAAGGUCAGAACUGGGGACAUAUGGGACUACACUACAGUGUGAGGUUGGUAGAGAAUGUGAUCAUGGUUUGUUUUAAGUACUUUGGAGUCAAAGUGUUACUGAAUUACUGUCAUUCCUUGAUUGCUGUGCAGCUUAUCAUUGCUUAUCUGAUUUCCAUUGGAGUCAUGCUCCUUUUCUUCCAGUACUUGCACCCAUUGCGCUCACUCUUCACCCAUAAUGUAGUAGACUACCUCCAUUGUAUCUGCUGCCGCAGGCACCAUCGGGAAAGGGUUGAGAACUCAGAGACAUCCCGUGCAACUGACGCAAGGCAAAGUAUUGUCUGAUAGUUUUUUCUUCUUCUGAACAUUGUAGGGUGGGUUUGGGGUCGACAAGAGUAACUGUGAAAUUGAAGGAGUUGGUGAGAUUCCUGUGUGUGUGAGUACUUACAGGAUCAUUUUCUUGACUCUUCUAGUAAACCUAUUGAAAG